AUGAACAUUAUUAUACGAUGAUCUGAUCUCUUUCGAAAAAUUUGCGAAAAACGAAUUCUGAUGGGCCGCCUGACAUCCACCGUUGAAAUUCCGGAAAGAAGACGCCAAUCUGAUCGAGAAAGCGGCCGGUACGCAUCUGAAUCCGAUGGUUCCCCCGAUUACCGCCGCCGUCGCCGUAGCCCUAGCUACGAAGCCUAUGAACGCGACCACCAGAGCCGCAAAGAUUACCAACAGCGUAACCCUUCUGGUUCAUCUGAAUACAGGAACCCUAGAAGACGAAGCCCUGUCGAAAGUCCUGAAAGAAGACGGCGUUUUGACCGCGAAAAUGGUCGUUACGCAUCCGAAUCGGAUGACUCUGUUGAUUACCGCCGUCGUCGCCGCAGUCCCAGUUACGACGUCUACGACCGCGACCAACCUCGAAACCGCCACCCUUCGGAGUCGCCUGGAGACGAAAAUCCUAGAAGGCGGAACCCUGCACAUGACGGAACCCUAAACUCUCUGCCCAAGAAAUUCGGCAAGAAUCGCAGCUACCUGGACCGGGAUUAUCGGAACGGAAAACAUUCAGAGUCCGAAUCGGACGAGGAGUUGAAAGGAUUGAACUUUGAAGAGUAUAGGAGGCUGAAGAGACAGAAGAUGAGAAAGGCCUUGAGAUUCUGUAUUUGGGAGAAUACUCCGAGUCCGCCGAGGAAUGAUGGCGAUGAUUUUGAGGAUAAAGGUGAUGAAAUUUCGGAGAAGUACGGUGAGGAUAACGGGGAUGGGAAGAGCGACUCAGAUAAAGAAAGGGAGAUGACAAGCAAUAAGAGAGUCAAAUCCAAGUCUGAGUCUGAAAAUUCUGGAAGUAGCGAAUCAGAGAGCGAGUCAGAAACUGAAUCAGAUGAUUCAAGGUCUCGGAGGAGGAAGAAGGGGUCGAGUUCUAAAAGUAAAAGUAGGAAAAGCAAACGUAGGAGCAGGAAAACAUCGUCGUACAGUGAUAGCGAAUCUGAUGAGAGCGAGUGUGAAUCCGAUGAUGAGGAAGAUAGCAAGCAGAGAAGGAAGUCGAGGAGAAAGGGGAGUAGGCGAAAUAGGAAUAGCAAGAAAAGCAGUACUAGGAAAAGAAGCAGGAAGAAGAGUAGGUAUAGUGAUUCCAAUGAGAGCGCAAGUGAAAGGGAAACUGAGGAAUCUGAUGUGAGUAAAUCUUCUGAUGAUCGUGUCAAGUCAAAGAAGCGGAAAAGCUCUUCAAAUUCGAGGUCUAGGAGGAGUAAGAAAAGGAGAGGAUCAGAAACUGAUAGUCAAGCUUCAGAUUCUGAUAAGAGCUCGGAUUCUGGAGUUGAUGCCAAGAGUAAAACAAUUAUAGAUGAGCCUAAGAUUGCUGAAAUUAAUGCUGCUGAGGCUCUUAUGUUUAAAGAAAUGAUAGAGGCUCAGAAGAAACCUGCAUUGGAUAAUGAGCCUAUGGUCGGCCCAGCACCAUUGCCAAGAGCUGAGGGACAUAUAAGUUAUGGUGGUGCUCUGAGGCCUGGUGAAGGUGAUGCCAUUGCACAAUAUGUGCAACAGGGGAAGCGUAUCCCACGAAGAGGUGAAGUCGGUCUUUCUGCUGAGGAGAUUCAGAAGUUCGAGAGCCUUGGGUUUGUGAUGAGUGGUAGCAGACAUCAGAGAAUGAAUGCCAUUCGUAUUAGGAAAGAAAACCAGGUUUACAGUGCAGAGGACAAGAGGGCAUUGGCUAUGUUUAACUAUGAAGAGAAAGCAAAACGUGAGCACAAGGUUAUGGCAGAUUUGCAACGGCUGGUGCAGCGUCAUAUUGGGCAGGAUGUUGGUCCUACUCACAACCCUUUUGCUGGAAAGGAUGGGGCUGAUGCUUGAAUCUCAUAUUCUUGAGCUUGCCAUCUGAAUUUGGCCAAACCGCGUCAUCUGAGGCUUUGGAGUCAAUAACGGAGAGGAUCAAUGGAGAAGUUCAUCCGGGCAUCCGUCCCCGGAUGUUUAAAUCUAUGUGUAUUGUACUAUGCAUGUAGCUGAUGAAUAGCAUAGCAGGCACCAACAGUGAAAACUAAACUGUUAUUUGCUUGUUUUUGUGAACUACUUUUAUUGCAAAAUAUGAUGUCAAUACGAUUAUUAAAGAAAUCAUUUGAGUAGAAAAUGUACUUAAAAGCCUCUCUUUUUUC